UAUAUAUUGGGCCAGUUUGACAUUAACUUGUUUGAAAGUUCUGAUUCCUCUUCUGAUGAAGAAAAUGACGAAAAUGAAGAAAUUGGCAUAAUACGUGAAAAACGAUAUGUGCGAGAUGCAAUUAAUCCAUUUACAGCUUAUCGUGAACACGAAUUUCAUAUAAGAUAUAGAUUCUCAAAAAAUUCUGUUAUGCAUGGAUUAUUGCCUUUGGUUAUAAAUGGUUUAACAAAGCCUGAUAAUCGAGGUCUUCCUAUUGAACCAGUUAUUCAAUUGCUUAUUUGUUUAAGAUAUUAUGCUACCAGCAGUUUUCAAAAAGUAAACGGAGAUCUUAUGAAAUUACCACAACCAACAAUUAGUAGAAUUAUAUUUAGAGUAACUAUGAUAUUAGCAUCUUAUUUGAAUAGUCAUGUUAAAUUUGUGACACAUGAAGGAGCUAUACAAGAAAACCGCAGAUUAUUUAAAGAAUUAGGAUAUGGGAGAUUUGGAGCUAUUGGACUUCCUUACAUUGAUGGGGCAAUAGACUGCACACACAUUAGAUUAUUAAGUAAUAAUUUCGGGGGACUGGCUGAAAUGUAUAGAAAUAGAAAAGGAUAUUUCUCUUUAAAUGUCCAGGCUAUCGUGGGACCACGCAUGGAAUUUUUAGAUCUCGUCCCAGAAUGGCCAGGAAGGGAACACGAUAGCAGAAUUUUCCAAAAUUCUAGAAUUUUUAUGCGGUAUCAACAACGUGAAUUAACAGGAAUGAUAGUUGGAGAUUCUGGAUAUCCUGCUCUUACAUUUCUGUUAACACCAUUCAGAAAUCCUCAAAAUGAAGAGGAACAAAAAUAUAAUGAAAUUCAAUCAAGAACACGAAUGGUUGUUGAAAGAACUUUUGGAGUAUGGAAGAGACGAUUUCCUUGCUUAUCAAGAGGAUUGUCUUUAAAACUUGUAACAUGUACUGGAGUCGUAUCAGCGUGUGCAGUUUUACAUAAUUUAGCACUAUAUUUUAAAGAUGUGCUUCCAGAAGAACCAGAAGUUGAUGUAAUAAUUGAAGAUAAUGAAGAGCUUUAUUACAAUGAACUUCAGCAACCUGGAGAUGGUUUUAUUGUCAGGCAAAACAUAGUUCGAGAUUUAUUUCGUUAACCUUAAUGUAAUGAUAUUAAUUUUUAAUUUUAUGUUCCAUUCAUACAUUUUUUACGUUAU